AAUCAAGACGAAGGCGUGAGACGGAAGUUGUGGCCUUCUCAGUUUACAUUAGUCACAAUAUUAAUCAUAUGGGGAUUGGACACCAUAUUGUUUUUGACAAAGCCAUUACAAACGACGGAGCUGGAUAUAACGUUUAUACAGGAAUAUUUACAGUUCCAGUGACCGGACUCUACCUAUUUACGUUCAGCGUGAGUGACCGCGACCGUUUAACUGUUCUACAAUUGGUUAUAGACGGGUUUAACUUGGUUGACAUUAAAGACAGACCUGUCAAUAAUGCACAGACCAUGAGCAGCAACACGGUGAUAGUCCAUGUAAACAAAGGACAAUCGGUAUGGAUCCAGGACUAUGCAUUAAACGAUGCGUCAAUACUUUCGCGUGAAAUUUACCGUUACUGCACAUUUUCUGGAAUUCGUCUGUAUUAAAUAUGCUCAGAAAAUAAAUCAGUAGUUCAGAAGUCCAAA